CUCAUAAUUACAUAUUCGAUGUUAUUUAAAUCACAAGGGUACAAUUUAUUCGUGUACCAGGGAUCAUAGUCGAUCUCAUUUCCUCUCGUCAUGAUCCAUCUUAUUCCUCUUUCCUCUACGUAAAGCUUGCCGCUCAGGAGCACCUAGCCAAUGACCAGUUACUAGAUUCAAAUAUCUCGUAGAUCGUGGAAGCUAAUACAUGAUACUACUGUUUAUGCCUAGCUACUGCGAUUUUCCAUAUUGCGAACGAUUUAUAAUUACUACCGUUCGUCAUGGCGUUUAGAAUAGAUCGGACUAGAACUCGUCAAAUACGUCUUAAUGACGAGAAUGACCGUCAUUCGUUAGAAUCCUUGACGCGAUGAUUGACACAGAUACGAUUGAUAUCAAUGGACCUGUUCGCGGCUCUUAAGCUAUCGACGUUGCCAUGGAUCGAUCUUGGAGAUACUAAGCUUGAGAAUCGCGAUACGUUGACAGUUUAAGCACUUAUUACCAUGUUCCGACAAUCGCUUCGACUGGCAUGGAAGAAGAACUUUGGAGCACGGCAACUAUCUGUGCCGCCGACUCCUAUAACCUUACUUCGUCCGUAUUCUGACAAUCAGACGACUCGGGACAAUCGUUCCCCGAAUGACCCAGCACAGACUCCUACCCAGGCAGGCAGCAUCUCGUCGGUGAUAAAGCAGGACCACCGGCAAAUUGAGAAAUACCACGACAAGAUUAUCAAUUCAAAGGAUCACGAUACUCAGCGGCGAUACCAAAAUGCCUUUGUGUGGGAGCUGACGAGACAUGCAAUAGCCGAGGAGCUAGUUGUAUAUCCUUCAAUGGAGACAGGCCUCAACAACGGGAAAGAGAUAGCCGAUAAGGACCGAGAAGAGCAUCAGAUAGCUAAAGAGCAGCUCUACAAGUUCCAGAACAUGACCCCUGACGAUAGUGGUUUUAUCCCAACUCUCGAGUCGCUGAUGACGGAUCUCAAAAUUCAUAUUCAGCAAGAGGAAGAACAUGAUCUCGUCAAACUAGAACAGGCACUACGGCCGACAAGAUCGAGAGAACUAGCCCAGCAAUUCGAAAUGACGAAGGUAUUCACGCCAACACGUAGCCACCCGAGCGCGCCGAAUAAGCCGCCAUACGAGACUGCUGCUGGCCUCAUGACAGCGCCACUAGACAAACUUGGUGAUAUGUUUCGCGCAUGGCCAGAUGAGCCCGGGUCAAAGCCAGCUUCUGGUGGAGCUGGGAGAUAGACACGAGCGCGUAAGAGCACACGGUUACGUCUACUAGAACAUUGCGGUAUCGUCCUAGUAGAGGUUAGUGAUGAGUUUACUAAAAAGUGAAUUAUAUUAGGUUUCAUAUACAUGGAUAAAUAUUUCAGUGUCGCAUAAUGUUCAUCCAGUUCUAUACAAUCGAUUAAGUCCAUGCCUACCUCUAUACAUAACGUGCCAUAGCUUAGACGAAGCAAGGAACAAGGUCUGAGCAACGAUACAUGCAUAUGCAUCACGUU